AUGGUCGGAGACGUCCUUACCGCCGCUGCCUACGGCCCGUACCGACUACCGCCGUAUCAUACGCCGUGCCGCCGGGCUCCGGACCGCCGCCUGCGCUUCUUCCGUACUCGGCGGGUGAAUGAACUGCUGCGUGCGAGCGAGACGACCAAUGCCACGGUCACACGACCACUUCUAUCUCGGCAAGGCAAUCUAGUACACUGUACAAGUGUCAAACGAUAUAUUAUUUUAUUC